AUGACCGUGCAGGCAAACGAUGGGAAGGCCAAGAGCUGGGUUCCGGAUGGCGAGUAUCCAUUGAAGAAGAAAGGUGUCGGGCGCGGAAUCCAUCGCAGCGAUGUGAUUUGCUCGACCGUCGGGCUGCUCGAGGAGGCGGGACAAAGCAUGGAGUAUGGGAAGAACUAUGAGGGAUAUUGGACCGGGGAGCUCUUUGUGAAGCAGCUCCAAGAGAAAAUCAUUCCUGCCUUUGAGGCUGCCCAUGGCCCGGGCUAUCAGGCUCUUAUCAUGGUCGACAACUCUCAGGGUCACUCUGCAUAUUCAGCGGACGCCCUCCUUACCAGCCGGAUGAACUUGCGGCCGGGAGGCAAGCAGGCUCGAAUGCGGGAUGGACAGUAUACCGAUGCCAGCGGUGUUGAGCACGUUCAGAGCAUGGUCUUUCCCGCUGAUCAUCCCGAGUUUCCUGACAAACCAAAGGGCAUGAAGCAGGUCCUUGAGGAACGAGGGUUGUGGCGGAAAGGUAUGCUCAUGAAGUGCCCGGACGGCGACAAGUGCGACCCCGAUGCCAGGGACUGCUGUGCAAAGCGGAUCCUCGAUCUGCAGCCCGAUUUUGCGGGGCAGCAGUCACUCGUUCAAGAGGUCAUUGAAGCUGCAGGGCACAUGUGCAUCUUCUUGCCGAAGUAUCACUGUAAACUCAACUUCAUUGAAUUCUUUUGGGGUGCCGUGAAGCGGUUCCUCCGGGACAACUGCGACUACACGUUCAAGACACUCCAAGAGAACCUCCCGCGCGCACUCAAAUCGGUCAGUGUCGAGCUGAUACGUCAGGUCUUAGUUCACAUGAUGCACAGGAACAAGUAA